AUCUGUUUGCUGAAACGACCGAGAGCAGCUAAGAAAAGCGGCCACUAUGUUGGAGGAGGACAUGGAGGUGGCCAUCAAGGUGGUCGUGGUCGGAAACGGUGCUGUUGGCAAGUCCAGUAUGAUCCAGCGGUACUGCAAGGGCAUUUUCACUAAGGACUACAAAAAGACAAUCGGAGUGGACUUCCUAGAAAGGCAGAUUGUCGUCAAUGAAGAGGUUCGACUAAUGCUGUGGGACACGGCGGGGCAGGAGGAGUUUGAUGCCAUUACCAAGGCUUACUACAGAGGUGCCCAGGCCUGUGUGUUAGUCUUCUCUACAACAGACAGGGAGUCUUUUCAGGCUAUCGACAGCUGGAGGGAGAAGGUGGAAGCAGAGGUCGGGGACAUCCCCACAGUUCUGGUGCAAAACAAAAUCGAUCUCCUGGAAGAGACCGUAAUAAAAAACGAAGAGGCAGAAGCUUUGGCUAAAAGACUGAAGCUGAGGUUUUAUCGAGCUUCAGUGAAAGAGGAUCUUAAUGUUAAUGAAGUUUUUAAGUACUUAGCUGAGAAGUAUCUUCAAAGACUCAAACAGCAAACGGCUGAGGAAACAGAGGUGGUCCACACAACAAGCAAUAAAAUAGGUGUCUUCAAUACAAUUAGUAGUAACGUCAACAACCAGAGCUCCAGCAACGGCAGAGAAGUCAUCACUUUGCGACCUAAUAAACAAAGGACCAAGAGGAGUAAAAACCCAUUUGGAGGCUGCAGCCUGCUUUAAAGGACAUCCUUUUAUUUUAGUUACUGACAUUAAAAACAGACUAGAAAACCCAGUAAAU